GUCGCCUCCGUUUUGUUUGUUUUUUAAACACUCACACUUUACGGUUUUAAACUAAACUUGCAUGGUGAAGAGUUGACUUGCACCUGUGACCGGAGAUGCGUGGCCUGCUGACAACUCGGAGCCAGAAUGCGUACAGGGAACAAAUCAAGAAGGAGACAUUGACCCGCUUGGCUUGGAAGGACCGCUAUGCCGAACUCUACCCGACCUGCUGCAGCAGGUACAGACCUCCUAAAGAAGCGCCGGUAGAACCAAGAACAGCAACACUGCCUCCUAUCGUCAGACCGCCAGAAGCGCAAAGCGACCAUCCACCUGCUGCUGCUCCCCCUACAGAGGAGAAGAUGCAGCUUCAUGUUCCGCCUGUCAUGAGACCAGCUUCACCCACAACUAGACAAAGCCUUUUUCAGGACUCUUCUGGUCAGGGAAAGGGGCGGAGUCGGUACUUACAGAGGCGGAACCAAUUGCCACCAGAGGAGAAGUUCCACUUCCCGCUGUUGUCCUCAUGGGACUAUGGAUGGAGACUCGGUGACUACACGCUGGCCUACAGACCGCCGUCCUGUCCACGCUCAUCAGUGGUGAAAAACACUUUCUACAGUCGCAACGGAGUCUUCAACAGCUGA